AUGACCGCCUCGUUUCCAAUCCGCCCGCGACGCGGCUUGUCGCUCCUGUGCGUCAUUAUCGCCUUCAGCUUCAGCGUCGUCAUCAUUUGGUUUGGCAUGAAUUCCGACCGGGAAUACAUCCACCCAGUUCUCACUCAACUGAUCCCCGCCGGACACUGCGCCUGUGAAUCUUCGACAACAUUCCAAUGUUCAACAUGUCUGACUUGCCCCGAACCUGCUCUGCAAGCCGACAACACCGCAGCCUGGUCCUUUGACUACUCUCGCGACGGUCGUAAUGGGACCCUUAACCGAAGCCAAUGCCAAGUUGCCUUCCCCGGGUUAUUCGAGGACAUCGCCCGCGGUGCCAGAUUCUGGUCCACCCAUGGUCGCUUAUCAGCUGCAGAACUGGACAGCAUCACCAUUAAACAGGGUAUGGCGCGGGCGUUUAUCUCCAACGGCCAAUUGUACAUUGUCACCGCGCGAUCCAAGGGCGAGGACCACCGACGAAAAAUCCUGGGGACGUUGAGUUCGAUUCACCGCGCGCUGGCCGCCGACCCGGAACGAGCUCUCAUCCGCGACAUUGAAUUCGUUUUCUCGGUGGAAGAUAAGGUGGAGGAUGUAACCCAGGGAGAAUGGCCGGUCUGGGUCUUUUCGCGAACACCUACGGAAGAAGGCGUCUGGCUGAUGCCGGACUUCAGCUUCUGGGCCUGGGAUAACCCUGAUAAUUAUAUGGGCCCGUAUGACCAGGUUGUGGAACGAAUUCACCGACUGGAUAUCCCUUGGGAGGACAAAAUUCCCCAAUUGGUCUGGCGAGGCAAGCCCAGUUUCGCGCCAAAAUUGCGCCGCGCGUUGAUGGAGGCUGCCAGAGAUAAACCUUGGGGUGAUGUGAAACAGGUCGAUUGGACGACUGGUUCCAAUGUCCUCAAAAUGGAAGAUCAUUGUCAUUACAUGUUUAUUGCGCACGUUGAAGGUCGGUCUUAUUCGGCUUCAUUAAAAUACCGACAAGCCUGCAAUUCCGUUAUUGUCGCACACAAACUCCAAUUUAUCCAGCAUCACCACUACCUUUUGGUCGCCGACGGACCCAACCAAAACUAUGUCGAGGUCGAACGCGAUUUCAGCGAUUUAUCCGAAAAGAUGGAGCCGUUGGUCAGUGACACUGAAGUAGCUCGGCGCAUCGCUCACAACAGCGUGAAGACCUUCCGUGAGCGAUACUUGACCCCUGCUGCCGAAGCCUGUUACUGGCGGGCUAUGUUCGAUGGCUACGCUGGUGUUUGGAACGGUACCGUCCAGCAGUGGUCCACCAUCCAAGACCGCGAACGAGGCCUCCGGUACGAGUCAUUUGUGCUUCUGGAGAGCUCAAAGAUGUUCGAUUUCGAGGCUGCUUCCACGGAAAAAUGGCAGGCUCCAUGA